AUGACUCUCGUUACAAAUCAUGCUCAGACAGAAACCAAAACCCUCGCCGAAGCACAAGAGGCCGAUGCGUUGGUGGAGGACUGGUCGGCUCGUCAGGAAGUUCAGGAUUAUCUCCUCAUCAAAGAUCUAGCUGAAAGCGACCUCGAAGAAGAUGCCAUCAAAAGGCAAGACAAAGAAAGGAAUGCUACGCUAGAUGAGGAGUUCACAGCAGAGCUAGUAAGCCUCGAGAAGCUAGAUGUUCUGCAUCGUCAGACCAAUAGUGGAAUGUAUUCACGUCUGCGGCAGGAAGCUGAAAGAAGGGCAGAGACAUCCAUUCAAGAGGCAGCCGAAGCCGCAGAAAAAGCAGCAGCGACUGCACCGCCAGGUGCUGUCUGA